AAACCCGGAAAACUCUACCGGAAGACGAAGAGGUCGUGCAUGGGCUGCACCUGACGGUAACAUAAGGACAGUCAAUGGUCUUCAUUGACAUUUAUCCAGUCAGCGCAGCGGUCUUCUGUCAAAGACGUAUAGCAGCUUUCAGCGAUGGAUCGGCUGAGGUCAGCUUUUAACCGCGUGAUGAGAAGCGAGCGGUACAGCAGAUUCACUUUGCAGCCGGCCGAGGACGGAGAGAGACGCGGCGAGGUCAACCUGGACGCCGCCGCGGAGGAGCACGGCUCGCCGAGCUUCAGGCCGGCGCCUGUGCAGCAGAACCGCCGCUUGCUCAUCUGCCUGGUCCUGAGCGCCACGCUGUUGCUUCUUUUGGGCUUAAUAGUGGGUUGCGCCACUUCCAGGAAACAUCAGGCAAAACCACGGGGCUGUGAGCCAAAGACGACCUCGGCGCCCCCUGAGGCUCAGCCUGCAGAAGUGCAGCCUCAGCUGGACUGGAAGGAUCUGACCAAAGCUCUGGCAGACCAACUCACCAAAGACGCUCUGGAAGUGACUCUGAGAAACUUGGAUCUGAACAGCCGCUCUGCCGGGAGCCCCGAGGACCUCAUCCUGGGGAACCGGAUCUUUGACACCUUCACGGAGCUGCAGAUGAAUCCGUGGACGGAUAUUCACUACGUUGAGCUGCAGAGACCCGACAGCAAACGUCCAAACCAAAUUGAGUUUGGCUCGGAGGUCUUUAAGCCCAGCGGGUUUUUGGCCUACAGCGCCACAGGCAGAGUUCAGGGCCGGCUGGUUUACGCAAACUAUGGCCGUCAAACGGAUCUGGACUUGGUGGAGAAGAUCACGAAGCUGGAAGGCUGCGUGCUGCUGAUCCGAGCUGGGAACCUCAGCUUUGCAGAACAGGUGGAAAAUGGUGCCAGAAGAGGAGCGUCUGCGGUUCUGAUUUACCCAGAUGUGGAAGAGUUCCAGCAGAAUGAAGAUAUCGAGCUCUACGGACACGUUCACUUGGGCUCAGGAGAUCCCUACACUCCUGGAUUCCCCUCCUUCAACCACACCCAGUUUGCUCCAACCCAGUCUUCCGGCCUCCCCAAGAUUCUGGCGCAGACUAUAACUGCCAAAACGGCCAAAUCUCUUUUUCGACAAAUCGGCGGUCCUGAAGCGGAAGCGAGCAGCGGUUUCAAAGGCAACCUCGCGUCUGUGACCUACAGCCUGGGAGGCGCCAAGAACAUCAGCGUGGAGGUGAACAACCAGCUGGUCAGCACGGAGAUCCACAACAUUUUUGGCGUGGUUAAAGGAUUCAGCGAUCCUGAUCGCUUUGUUGUGCUGGGGGCGCAGAGAGACGCUUGGGGGCCGGGCUACGCCAAAGCCACCGUCGGUACCUCUGUGCUGUUGGAGCUGGCCAAAGCGUUCCACGCCAUGGUGGAGAAACAGGGAUUCAGGCCCAGGAGGAGCAUCGUGUUUGCAAGCUGGAGUGCUGGAGAAUAUGGAAGCAUCGGCGCCACGGAGUGGCUGGAGGGUUACAUGUCCUCCAUUGAUAAAAAGGUCUUCACCUACAUAAGCCUGGACGGGAUGGUCAUGGGUCGCGGGAGUUUGAUCGCCUCUGCCAGCCCGCUGCUCCUCAGCCUGAUGGAGAGUACCAUGAAGGAGGUAGAAGCUCCUCUCGGUUCCGGUACGCUGUACGAGAUGAUGGGAGGAGCAGGCUGGGAGGAGAAGGUGAUGAGGCCGAUGGCAAUGGACGACCCGGCUUAUCCGUUCAUGGCGUUCUCUGGAAUUCCCUCCGUCUCCUUUCACUUCAUCACCAGCAACGCUGAGUAUUACACCUACUACGGCACCUUACUGGACAACAGCGACCACCUGAACUACCAGACCAACCAGCACACGGCUGAGAUCACGGCGACGGCGGCGCGGUUCGCCGGUCUGAUGGCUCUCCGCUUGGUCCACGACCACCUGCUGAGUCUGGACGUGAGCAGAUACGGCCGCGUGCUCACCAGAGACGUGUCCCGCGUCUACAAGCGCGUCCAGGCGCUGUUGCAGUCCGGCGAGCUGAAGGACGUCGGUCCGUCUUGGCUGAGCCGCGCACGAGGAUCCUUCCAGCGAGCAGCCGAGAGAAUCAGCAGCGCCGUCCAGAACACUGACCUGACGGACCCGGAGGCCUGCCGGAUCCUGAACGACCGGAUCAUGAAGGUGGAGCACUGCCUCCUUUCUCCGUACGUGUCCCCCGUUGAAACUCCCUUCCGUCACCUCGUCUUCGGCCGGGGUUCGCACACUCUGGCGUCCAUCGCGGCCUCCGCAGACAUGGAGGAGCUUCGCACCCAGCUGGCUCUGGCCACCUGGAACCUGCAGUCCUGCUCCAACACCAUGAUGGGAAACAUCUGGGAGCUGGAUAACGAAAUCUGAGUCUGAAAAGCUUUUCUUGUGGGUUUGUUAAAUGUUUCUUUCGUUGAAUUUCAGGUGAAAACCUUUCCCUUUCAGGUGGCCUUGAAUCUUUUCCCGUCCUUCUCCUCCCUGGGCCUCUCAAACACUGGUUAUCGCUGCACAAACCCACAAAAAAACCUUUAGACUUGUCCUGUAAACCCAAAGCUUUUCUUCGUCUCAGUAGGAUCCAGGUGAAAAAUUGCUUACAAACGGUGAAGUUAUCAUCCAAAUACUUGAAGAAGUUAUAAUUGCUGACCCCGCCCCUCACUGCGACCUCCUGACCUCAUUUGUACCUGGUUUUUAGUUUACUUAUCAGCAGCAGCGCCUGCUAUAAGCUUAUGUUGUGUUUUAAUACAACGUUAUCGGAAGCAGUGCCUUCCAUAAUUAUGACGGUUAUACUGUCGAAAGCUGCGGCAGCAUCUGCCGCAGAACGCCUGCAGGAGAACUGCUGCCAACAGCCUGCCGCCUCCCGCACCUCCAGCUGUGGAGCUUCAAACUUUGGUUGCUCCAAACGGUCUGCGGAGAGUCCGAUCGGUUCAAACAACAGAACAGGGCGGCGUUUGUUGCAGCGCUUCUUCUCACGGCGACGUUAUCGGGAGCAGUGCCUUCCAUACGGGUCAACGCUGCCGAGCGCUUGUUGUUUUUGUACUCGUGUAUUUAUCGGGGGCAGUGUCUCUCAUAUUUCACUGAAAGGUGGAACGACUUAUCGGGAGCAGUGUUUCCCAGAGUUUUAUACUUUUAUAUAUUUAUUUAUUUUGCCUCCGUUUCUUUCCGUUAUAGCUGUACAUCCUUCGGGCAACGUGUUUUCACCGUUUAGUUCAACCUCAGGAGGUUAUGGGAUGUUUAAAAGGGUCAAAUCUGUCGCUCAAAAACGGAAUUUGUGGUGUUGGAGAUUUUUGUGUCUCAUCCAUGCACUCUAAGCAGGCUUAUAGAGGACUAAAUAUGAGAAAAACAGUAAAAAUAAACAACCAAGAUGCAAUCAGAAGAGGUGAAACCAAAACAAUCUUUAGAGAAUUAAAUGUAUUUGUACAUUUCUUCACGUUUCCUUCUUUCCUCUAAUUUAUUUAGCUAGAUUUGUCCCCAAAAGGUAACUAGAGCCAUCCUAAGUCCAAAUCUACAUUUGUGAGGUGCCCCCCCACAUAUUUAGGUUAUUAGCACCCGUCAACUUUAAUGCAACACAUAAUUUUUUCCCAGUUUAGUGCACAAAUCCUCUUUUUGUGGAAAAUGCUGCUCGAAGAAAUAAACCAUUCCAGAAUAAAUGUCAAAUGUUCAGAAACGAGUUUAUUUCUGUAAGUUUUAGGCUAAAUUGUUAGUUCAUGUACUCAGAUUGGUUUGUGUCGUCAUCUUUUAGCAUUCCAUAGAACUCACCGGCUUUUUAUUUUACCUUUGUGUGGCAAAGAUGUUCUUCAAAAAGCACUUAAUGAAACAGAACCGCUGUCAUUUAAAACAUGGACAGGACAAACACGAACAGAGGACCCGCAUAUUUUGUUGUAAUCCACCCCCCCCCCCCCCCCCCCUUUACACAAUCGGUUUUGUUCCUAUCCAGUUUUUGUCUUCUCGACUUUAUUCUUAAUCUUUUGUGGAACAAACUGGUUUGUCAGCGGUUUGGUUUCCUGACUCCUCGUGGCUGAAACGUGAGAACUGCAACACCUUAAGAGGAAAACAUGAAACGGAACAAAAACCUGUUUUACGUUUCAUGUUUUCCAAUUUGCUGAGUUCUGUCAAAGUCAGACUCCUCUUUUCUGGAUGUUUUUUGGGUCAAACAUGUUAGAAAAAAAGCUGAAAAUGUCUCAUCUGAAUUCAACACUACUAAUAAACCCUUUGGCUUUGCACCUACUAAAA